CACCUCCACCACCAUUCGCUGAAGUCUCAACUCUGCCACUGUAAAUUCCCAAGCUUUCUGAGCUCCUUUACUUGAUUCGGGUCGGGUUUCGUAUCUUGGUAUAUGGAGCAGCAGCAGCAUUGCUAACUACAAGAGGCAAUCCAAAUCCAGUGAAUGCAAAGAAAGUACUAGGGAGCAGCUUGAGAAGAGUUUUAGGUGUAAGACAACAAGGACAGAUGUGGGUGCAACGUGCAAAAGCGUUUUGGCACAUUAAGGCCUUGAGGCAGUCUUCUAAGUCUCCACGGAUUUUUUCGAUACCGUCUUCCUACUCAGAUACACCUCACAAGAAGUCGAAGCUUGCCCCUCUGCAGAAAAGGAAAAGGAUAGAGAGGUUUAGGCUAUAUGCUAAAGGGGGCAAUGGUGGCAGUGGUAGCUUCAGCUGUCGCUGCAGUGGCCAUGAUCGCGAUGGAGUACCUGAUGGUGGAAAUGGUGGGAAAGGUGGUGAUGUGAUUUUGGAAUGCUCUCCAACAGUUUGGGACUUCAGCGGUUUGCAACCUCACCUUAUAGCACAGAGAGGGGGACACGGAUCCUCGAAGAAUAAAAUUGGCACCCGAGGAGUGGAUAAGAUUGCUCAAGUUCCUGUUGGUACUGUGAUUCAUCUUGUGAAGGGUGAAAUUCCUUUUGUUGCUGAAAGCCAUGUUCUUAAAGAUUUGGAUCCUUGGGAGCUUCCUGGUACUCCUAUUGAUGAUGUAACUGGCUCUCAUCAGCAAUCUGCCCCUAGUGGCCCAUAUAUGGCAAUGGAUACUGCUAACUCGUCAUCUGAACCUAAAAUAAUUGUUGAGGAAGCAGCUCUCAUGAAGGAAAUCGGUCAAGUUGAAUCCACUGAGAUUCCUACUGAAUCUCUCCCUUCUUUGUCUGAGAUGUGCUCAGAAGAUGAGACCAAGGAAAAAGGACAAAUUCAAUACCAUGUUGCUGAGUUAACAGUAAGUGGUCAACGAUUAGUUAUUGCUCGUGGAGCGAUAGGUGCUCCAAGUACUGUGUCUCUGGGAGUCACUAAGAGGUUUUUUUUGCACUCUCGAUGUGGGAAAGUGCCACGUUCUCGUACUCGUGCUCAAGCAAAAUUUUCUAAGCAAUUGGCCCUCAGAGCUGGUUCGCCUGGUUCAGAAGCUGUUCUCUUAUUAGAACUAAAGAGCAUUGCUGAUGUGAGCCUAGUGGGAAUGCCAAAUGCUGGUAAAAGUACUCUGUUAGGGGCUAUAUCUAGGGCUAACCCUGCAGUUGGCCAUUACGCCUUCACCACUCUUAGACUCAAUUUGGGGACUCUAAACUUUGAUGACAUUUCACUCACAGUUGCUGAUGUUCCGGGACUCAUAAAGGGUGCGCAUGAGAAUCGUGGACUUGGACAUGCAUUCCUACGCCACAUAGAACGCACAAAGGUUAUAGCUUAUGUGGUUGACUUGGCUGCUGGAUUGGAUGGUGGAAAAGGAAUCCCACCUUGGGAACAGCUUAGGGAUUUGGUCUUAGAGCUCCAGUUUCAUCAAGUGGGUUUAUCUGAUCGCCCAUCACUCAUAGUGGCAAACAAAAUAGACGAGGAAGGGGCUAAAGGUAUGCAUGAAGAACUCAAAAGAAGGGUACAGCAUCAUGUUACUAUAUUCCCUGUAUGUGCUGUUUUGGGAGAAGGAAUUCAAGAGCUAAAGAUUGGUCUUAGAAAACUUUUGAAUGGUGAAAUGACAGCCAGACUCCAGGUCGAUAAAAUUAUGGUUGAUUAA